AUGUCACAAGUGAACUCCCAAUCUUAUUCAAGGAUAUCCAAUCUUCUAAGGAGCACAAGAGUGGCGCAAGUACCCAAGAACAACAAACCAUUGAACCCUAUCGGACAUAAGUAUUUCCCAACACAUCAAAUCAUAGAGACCAAACCAUCGUCACAUCAUCGUCAAGAAUGGGGGUUGAAAUCAUCUAUCCCAUCGAAGAUUAAAUCUAGGUAUUUGGUGUUCAACGAUAUGGAUACUCUGGAAAGACUAACUACAUUUGAACCUCAUGGCGCGUCACAAUGGAAUCGUAUUAGAUUUAAAGAAAUGAAUUUGGCUCCGACUUACAAUAUGGGGAAAUUGAACCCUUUAUUUGGUAAUGAGUCUGUGGUUCAUGAUCAAGCAUAUACAUUGUCCUCUUUACUGAAUAUUGAUCCGGAAUUGAAUUCUAAGGGGAAAAUAACAAAAUUAAACUCUUUGAAGAAAUUAAGAGCUGAAUUUAAAAGUUGGCUCCUGGAAAGGGACCCUGAGGCCUUGAAGAAUAAAAAAUUCUCUGCUAAAGAAAUGCAAUCUAAUGUGACUGAUUUUUUAAAUGAGAGAGCAUCUUCUAGUGGUCAAAUAAAUAAUCAUUCUCAAAAAAUGAUUGGUUCUGGAGGAUUAUCGUAUGCACUACCGGGAAAAUUGAAAACUUCUCCAAGAGGCGUGGUUUCAAAGACAAUAGUUCCUGGAAGAUGUUUGAAUUUGAAUAAUGAUAGUAAGUAUACAGUUGCUGUGGGUGGGUUUGUUACCACUGCGCUCGGUGAUAAAUUAAAGAAUCAAAAUAAGAAUAUGGAUUCAUCUAUUAGAGAAAAUGUUUACCCAAUGGAAGUUCAAGAGGCAUCCAUAGAUCCUAAUGGGAGAGUUAAUAUCAAGACAGAUAUUAUUCUGUCGCAUAAUCAAAGUACUAUCAUGGAAAUUAAGAGUAAGACGGAAUAUCAAAUGAAUCCACUUUGGAAAAAGGAACGUCGCUCUAGUAGCAGAAUGGUUUCAGAUAAUGCUAAACAGGCAGCCGAUUUACUAGAAAUGAUUAUGAAAGGGAAGGACCAGAAAUGA